AAAGAUCGCGUGUGUUCUUUCAGUCGAUCGACGAAGAGACAUCAUCAUUAUUAAAGCGCGAAUAGCAAAUAAUAAAAAAAAAAUAAUAGAUUCUGUAGAAAAAAAGUGCAACUAAAAUAGAUUGUCACUGUCAAAGUGCAUAUCCGGUCGCAAUUAUUUAGAAUUUCGCGUAGGAUGUAAUUGUCGCGUCGUUUUUUGAUUUUUUAAUAAAUUUAUUGACACAUAAACAUACGUCGACGAACGUAGAAAAGUGAGGCAAAAAGAAGAAGAAGAAGGAAAAGUGAAAAUGUUCGUAUGUUACAACAAAAAUAUACCUACACACUGCUUUAUCAUAAGACGAAGAAGAAUUCAAUUUGUGUAUAAUACAUAAGCAUACCAAGCCAUAUAAUAUAUAGUAUAGUUGUGGAAGGAUCAAAAAUGUCCGUCAAUUUAUGUACUAUGUGCUGGUAAAUAGAUGCAGUGCGAGAAAAAACUCAAAAUUUAACUUGUGGCGCAAUUUUCCGUCACAACUUACUGACUAAAAACCCAUAAAAAAGUAAAAAUUUAUGAAAAACUUACUAAAAUCUAUGAAAAAAAUGGAUACUCCAUAGUGAAUAGUGACUAAAAACAUGAAACUGCUUCUUUCCUAUAUCAUCAGCACUUCUUUUGUAGUGUAAUCUUGCGAAAAAAAUACAAAAAAAAAUUAAAUUAGUAAAUAAGUGCAUCACAGAACACUUAAAUGAUAGAAAAAAGUUAGAAAAACUUACUUAGUGUAAAUUCCCCAUCAGCAAAAUGUCGCCCAAAAUUGGAAUUUUCGUAUUAUUGUCCGCGGUGUUGGUGCAUACCGUGCACUCGCAACGUCCCAUUGUGAAUUCGUCGACGCUGGCACCGGCAUCGCCCUCAACGCCGCACCACCAACAACCGCACAGCAUCGAGUAUCGCAAUGAGAUGCGACGUCCUCCAUCUCCGCCGAAGCUCGGCAACAACACGGAACCCAUGAAUCGACGCAUUGGCGGCAACAAGUUCUCCGAGCUGCGAGACUUUAACUCAAAAUACACGAAAGAUAAUCGUUUUGGGAGAAAUGCGUCGGUGCAUGCCGCAAACGGGCUGAUAAAAAGUGGCUUGCCCGUCAAUGGAAAGGGUCGCGGGCAAAAUUCCAUGGACAUUAUCAAGAAUUUGAUCAAGUAUAAUCCCAUUCAGGGCGAUAAUGUGCCCAAUUUGCCAUCCGAUCCGCAACGCACCAAAUAUAAUCCGUUCGAUUAUGUGAAAAAUGCGACAUGGCAGUACAACAACUACCACCCGCAAACCGACCCAACCGAAUGGGAUCUAAUGUUGGGUGUCACAUGCGAUUUCGAGUCGCCAUGCAAAUGGAAAUACGAUCAAACAAUCGAAGAUGGCUUCACAGUCGUAUCUGGCAUCAAUUUAACCGAAUCCAAUCGCACCGGCAUGAAACCCGGUCCCAAAGUGGAUGGACAAAACAACGCUCUCGGUCACUUUUUGCAUCUCGGCAUCACUCAAGACACUCCCCAACUGAGUCUAACAUCUCCCGUUUUCAGUACGACGCGAGACGAGUGCUACCUCGAGGUGUUGCUGCACGAAAGCGAAAUGAGUUACGGCAGCGUAAAAAUCGUAAUUGUACCGCAAGACACGCCGCAAAGUAGUUGGGUGCCCGCCGAAAUUGCCGGCGACAAUUUAAACCGAUGGCAGUUGCAUACCUUCAAAAUUGGUCGCGUCUCGAAGGAUUUCCAGAUUGAGUUGGAAGUCUUCCCGAACGGCAGAAAUUGGACAAAUAAACAAACGCGAGGUCACAUCAGCAUCGACAAUUUGCGUCUCGUGCGAUGUUUCCCCGAAGGCGCUCACACCGGCAAAUGCAGUCCGCAACAAGUGCAUUGCACGGCGAAAAAUGUGCCAGUUUGCAUUCGCUCGGAUCGCAUUUGCGACAUUGACGUGGAUUGCGAUCAGCACGAAGACGAGUUGCAAAAUUGUGACAAAAUGCCGUUUGGAAGUCGUUGCGAUUUUGAGCAAAAUUGGUGCGGAUGGCAAAAUACGGGCAAAGCGAUGAUGGAAUGGAGUCGACAUUCGGGUCCGACACCCACAGACAAAACGGGUCCCAAUUUCGAUCACACUUUUGAGCAUAACGACACGUACGAAGGACACUUUUUGUAUGUCAACAUGAAUCAACAUGCGAACGACUCGGAGAAAAAGAGCAAUAUGGGAUUUGCGAGCAACGCAGUCAUAAAUUCGCAAAUUUUUAAUCCGCCGCCGCGCGUACAUGCGAACGCCACAUCGCCGUAUCGCAAUUCGUGCAUGGUGCGUUUUUAUGUGCAUCAAUUUGGACCGAAUCCGGGAAGCAUCAACUUGUCCAUUGUCGAGAUGAAGGACAAGGAAAACAUUACGACAACGCUUUGGUGGAGCACAAAAAAUAUUGGGGAAUCGUGGAAACGUGCUGAACAAUUAUUACCGAACGUAACGUCGAGAUAUUACUUUCAGUUUGAAGCGAGAAUGGGAAUGAGAAUUUUCUCGGAUGUCGCAAUUGACGAUUUUUCACUCAGUCCAGAAUGUUUCGGCCUAAAUAUACCGGAAGAACACCUGAAUGACUAUAAUUAUUGGGAUCCGCACUUUGACAAGUAUAAAGAACCGCACAAAGAUUUCGAGGAAACAAAAUAUUAUGAGUUGGGAACGUGCGGAGCAAAAGGAAGAUACGGUCCGACACCCAAUGAUUGCACCAAAUCCUACAACGGGACAGAUGUUAAAGUUGCUGUUUCAACAAAAGCUCCCUUCAACGGUACCCAAAAGUGGAUUGUGCCGAAUGAGGGAUAUUACACAAUCAUCGUUAAAGGAGCAGGAGGAGGCUUGGGAUCUGCUGGCGUGGGAUCUUCUCGCGGCGCUUCCGUCAUGUCUGUUAUGGAACUUCAUAAAAAUGAAGAAAUUAAUGUUCUCGUUGGGCAAAGUGGUGAACAUGCUUGUAUAAAGACAAUGGGUCAACGAGAUGAAGUUUGUGAAGAAAGACAUCAAGCUCAAAAUAAAAACAUCAAGUCGAAGGUCUCUCAGGUACGAGAGAUGCAUAUUGAAGACGGCGCUGGAGGAGGCGGAGGUGCUUCUUACGUCUUUUUGUUCAAUAGCGCUAGAAAGCCUGUGCCGUUACUUGUUGCUGCAGGCGGCGGUGGCUUAGGCAUCGGGCGUUUCAAUGACGACUUCCAGCAUGGUCGAGAAGAAGAAGUUGAAGACGAGCAUCGUACCGGAAGCAUCAUCUCAAUGGAUGACAAAGCUGCAGGCCCUGGCGGCGGAUGGCAAGACGGUGACGAACCAUUGCUCAAUACAACAGGAUUAUCUUUACUCUCGGGCGCCAUUGGAGGAUUGGCAUGUUAUCAACGUGGUUAUCAUGGAUUUGGCGGCUUCGGAGGAGGCGGCGGAGGAUGCAGCAAAGGCGGCGGCGGCGGAGGUUAUUCCGGCGGAGAUACAAUGUUCAACUCGUCAAACGGGCAAGGAGGAACUUCUUACUUGUCGUCGAGCAGAAAACAUCACACAUGGUUCAAUAUCGAAUCAGCUGCCAAUAGCGGGGACGGUUCAGUCACGAUAAUUCCCGCUAUCGAGGGAUGCGGUUGUGAUUACCGAUGCGUAGCUUUAGACGAAUACCGAGCCAAUGUAACAUGUAUCUGCCCCCCAGGAUGGCAAAUUAGUCCAUAUAAUCAAACGUCAUGUGAAAUUAUUGAAACCUUACAUGAUCCUGCUUCCAUGACAUACUACAUAACUGGUUUAAUUGUUGUCGCAGUAUUUUUGGUAAUAGCACUUGGAGCUUUAAUCUUUAUAUUAUAUAACCGAUAUCAACGUAAAAAACAAGCAGAACUACGACACAAAAUGCUUUUGGAGCAAGACUUGCAACUAAGUCGUCUCCGAAACACUCCAGAUAGCAUAACUUCCCCGUCAGUCAAUAUCGACUACGGUUGCGACGGCAUCCUGAACAAUGGAAAUGUGGAAGUUCAAAGCUUGCCACAAGUUGCGAGAGAAAGUCUCAAAUUAGUAAAAGCCCUUGGUCAAGGCGCAUUCGGCGAAGUGUAUCAGGGAUUGUAUCGUCAUCGGGAUGGCGAUGCUGUGGAAAUGCCCGUUGCAGUGAAAACCCUUCCAGAAAUGUCAACGGGACAGUCAGAGUCUGACUUCCUCAUGGAAGCUGCCAUUAUGGCAAAAUUCAACCAUCCUAACAUUGUCCAUUUGAUUGGUGUCUGUUUUGAUAGGCACCCGCGCUUUAUUGUGUUGGAAUUGCUCGCCGGCGGCGAUUUGAAAAACUUUUUGCGUGAAGGAAGGAACAAACCUGAACGCCCAUCACCUUUGACAAUGAAAGAUUUGGUAUUUUGUGCACUUGAUGUUGCCAAAGGUUGUCGGUAUUUGGAGAGUAAACGCUUUAUUCAUCGCGAUAUUGCCGCGAGAAAUUGCCUGCUGAGCAGUAAAGGUCCCGGAAGGGUCGUCAAAAUCGCGGAUUUCGGUAUGGCGCGUGACAUUUAUCGUUCCGACUAUUAUCGCAAAGGCGGCAAAGCGAUGCUUCCGAUCAAAUGGAUGCCCCCGGAGGCAUUCUUAGAUGGCAUUUUCACAUCAAAAACCGAUGUGUGGUCCUUCGGUGUCUUGCUGUGGGAAGUUUUCAGUUUAGGCCUAAUGCCGUACACGGGAUUGCCGAAUCGCGAUGUGAUGCAACUCGUGAUGGGCGGCGGACGUCUCGAUGCUCCCUUGGGUUGUUCUCCAACCAUUUACCGCAUCAUGGCAGAUUGUUGGAAUCCAACGGCUGAGCUGAGACCCUCAUUUUCGAAUUUACUUGAACGCCUGACGGCAUGUUCGCAAGAUGCGGAAAUUAUGAAUGCGCCGCUCCCGAGUUUCUUCAGACCGCAGUCCAAUGAACGCGAUACCACGAUAAUGAGACCGCCGGGACACGACGAUUUUUGUCUGCCAGUGCACAAUUCAGACUACCUGAUUCCGAUUUCGGCACCCAAGAGCGCAGUUGAACGUCUAUUAACUGAAGCCACGGGUGUCACGUUGCCCGAUACGAUGACGACGAUGAGUGCUCCGCUCAACACAAAAUCGUGGGAAACGUCGUUCUCGAUGGCGAAUGGAAAACCCCUCGGCAGCGAUAAGAUGCUGCAAAAGGAAUCAUCGACCGAGAAGCUAAUAAGCUUAGACACGCCACAACAAACACCAACAUCCGUUCAACCGCCACCAAUGAAUUUCACGCCUUUAUCAGCUUUAAAUAACAAUGAUGCAGAUCCGUCAUCAAUUCAAGCGCAACAACAACAACAACAACCGAUUACGCUGGAUCCCGCAAUGUUGAACAAACAGACGGCAGCGAAUGCAGUGAAUGGCGGCGCACCGUACACCAACGUAAAGAUGAUGAAUGCCAAUAAUCUGUCCGAGUUACAAGACAAACUUUGCUCAAACAAUACAGCAAACAAUAAGCAAACACCGUUUACCAUCCAAGGUUUCAACGAUAGAUACAAUAUUGCUCCAAACGAAAAUCAUUCAGAGAUAAGUUGUUAAGUUACGAACACAAAUUUAAUUAUUUUAUCAUGAUUGUAAGUCAAGCACAUGAAAUUAGUGAAA